AUGAGUAUCAACACAACUUUGUCUUCAUUGCCAAUCAAUACAACAAGAAAUGCUAAUGGCAAUGGCGUGAUGCUAAGUAUAACUAUUGCGGCCAUUUAUAAUGGAAUCACUGGCAUCAUCGCAUUAACUAUCAAUGCUCCACUAGCUUACAUUAUUAUAACACGAAGGACAUUAUGGAAAAUUCCUCACAUCCGAUUAUGUAGUAUGUGUUUUACUUCCAUCAUUUUAGCAUUGCUUUACUGCCUACCUUAUCCUUGGAUUUCUUCAUCUCCACCAACCUCUGUCCUAAAAAUAAUUCAAAAGCCAUUGCGCAAUUUCUUACUGGCUUCAUUCUGUUUCCAUUUAGCAUCCGAUGCAGUGGAUAAAGUGGUUAUUAUCGCUUUUCCAUUCCAGUACAAGAGUUUCGUUAGACCAAGUAUUGUAGGCCUUAAUUUAACCUUGGUCUGGCUAAUUUCCUUAUUUGUGUCAUUUUAUCCAAUCAUCAGUCCUUUACGACGAAAGAGCAAUGUUACAUAUUUAACGGGAUCAAUAUCAGAAGAAGCUAAUUAUCAUUACGUAUUUUAUAGCUUAUGCAUUAUUCUGCCCUAUUCAGUCAUAAUUCUAUGUCAUGGUUAUCUUUUUGUAGUUGCAUUGCGACAUGUUAGAAAUAUUGAUUAUCAGCAAAGCAAAUCCAUGGAAGAACUAAAAAGGGGAAGACAACGAAUUAUUAAAAAAUUUAGGGCGGCACGACCUUUAAUUGUUACCUCUGUGGUAUUUCUGAUAUUUACCGUACCCUACUUCGUCUGCUUAUUCAUUGCGUUUUCAUUAGGCGACUUGCCAUGGGAGAUACGGAAGAAACAUUUAGGAGUUUUAAUGAAUGCUUUAAAAGCUUCAUCGUAUGGUUUGCGUGAACUUGCUUUCUCCUAUCCCGCCUAUAAUCCAUUUAUAUUUAUCCUUUUUAGUCAAGAUCUACGAAAAGAAAUAGCAGAGUUUUUACGAAUUUCACGAAAGAAACCUUUAUUACAAUCAGCAAGUACAACUAGAAUGACAAGUACUCAUUUAAUAUAG